GCUGGAUUGCUCGAAUUUCCGAGCCAUCACAGUCCUGAAUGCCGCCUACAAGAUCCUGUCCCAGAUCCUGUUCCGCAGACUUGCGCCCCUUGCUACAAAGGUGGAAUUUUGUCGGCAACUACCAAGCUGGGUUUGUUGGAAGCAAAUCUACCACCGACCCAAUUUGCAUUUGCGGUGUAGCGCAAGGUGAGAGUUUCGAGCUUGACGUUGGAAUCAUUCAUAUCUCACAGCGAUCUGAGGCAAGGGGACGGAUUUUCAACAUCGCCCUGGAAGGUGUCAUUCGAAGCGUGGGCCUGGACAACGACAUCCGUGCCAUGAUCCUCUAUCGGUUCCUCCAAUUUCUUGGCUUCAAGGAUGACAUAGAUAUCAUCGGCAGAAGAACAGCGAAGGUGUGUGAGGCGUACACCCGACUGAACCACGAAGCAGCAAGAAUUGGAUUGAGAAUCAAUGCGACGAAGACGAAGUACCUGCUUACCGGAGACUCAGACCAUCUGGGAAGCAGUGUAUUAGUUGACGGCGACAAUCUCGAGGUAGAAAAGGAGUUCUGCUAUCUUGGAACGGUCGUUACUUCGAACAACGACGUCAGCAGCGAAAUCCGGAGACGCUUUAUGCAGGGGAAUCGGGCAUACUAUGGGCUUCCAGUUCCAGAAGACUUCAAGCCCGCACGAAAUGUGAGAUAUGAGCAUCCUGGAGAAUGAUGGUUGAUUAGGUUGAGAGAGAGAGAGAGAAAGAGAGAUAGAGGAGAGAGAGAGAGAGAGAGAGAGAAAGAGAGAGAAAUUCUGGUUUAUUCACAACUUCACAACUUUUUAAAUCAACUACAACAAAAUUACCAUUUGUUGCAAGAGUUUCGGCUGCAUUUUCGAUGUAUUCGUAAAGCCUACCAAUGAUCAACUUUGACGUAAAAAAGACUGACUGCAUUAACCCCAUCUCCAAUUUUUUGGAAAUGAAUUGGGUUAGUAAGGAGUUGGAUUGGAAUUACAACUGUUUACAGCGUUAUAGUUGAUUCUCGUACCUUUUACUUCCAAUCACGUGUCGUCACUUGCAACUCGCAAACUACUAUUAUCAAAUGCCUGCCUAUACAAUCGACUUGCGCGCACACUGUGGUCGUCGCAUUAACGGAAUGCAAUGCUACUGCGACGAUCCAGAGUUCAGUUUUUCCAUCCUUUCUUCCUUGGUAACAAAAUUCGACGAACCAAAUGAUGGCUACGUUGUGCACCACCUGCGAAGCUUUUUAUGUCACGAAGAAGAAUAUGAACUAUAUUAACGAACUAUUUCAGUUGCACAGUUGGAUGACACAGAUUACCUGGUGAAUAUUCACAAGCUGGACAUAAUGCUACUCAGUUGGGCAUACGAUGGCGUAAACGGGUCUGUGCCUCGGAAUACUGGUCCAGAAUGUGCUGAUUACUUAUCACCUGUUCGUAAACUGGUAGAAACAAUGGUGAUAAUACCAUUGUGUCUAAUAGCUAUCAAGUGCUCCGUGAGCCGACUAAAACCGAUCGCAUACCAGCAGAUAGAUCGCUUUACCAGUAGUCCAUUUAGCGGUAAUAGAACACUUAGCACCAGCAAUUAUAAUCUCAAUAAUUUAAGCUAUCAGCGGAAUAUGGUUGAACAAGAACCGCGAGAUUUACUUAUGCCACAUCAUCGAGAACGUUCAUUCUCUUCAGCAUCAAUUGCUAGUGGAAUUGUAGAAGAUAUUCAUUGUCAGCGAUGCUUGCAUCAAAGUGCUACGCCAAUUCGAGGAAUGGCAUUUCCUGUUGACUUUUCUGUUCCUAGUUGGGGUAAACAAUUUCUUCUUGUUACUAUGACAUUAACGUUAGGUGUUGAGCUUGGAUUUAAAUUUGCAACUAGAACUGUUAUUUACAUUUUAAAUCCGUGCCAUAUUACCACCAUAAUGCAGAUAUAUCUAUUGGCCUGUAACAAAUCAACCAAAAGCAGUACCGUACUUUUUCGACUACAAAUGAACUAUUUAAAUGGUCCAUUACUAGCCUUCAUGUUUCCAGAAACAGAUAGCCGUCAGCUACCACUUGAAUCAUCAAUCUACUGGAUUCAACACGCACUCAUGUGUAUUAUACCUAUAUUCUUAUUAAAAGUGGAGGAGUCUAUAAUAUGGAACCUCUAA